AUGUCACUGCCAAAUAAUACCAAUUUCUACCCCAGUACCUUUAUUCUCCUUGGCAUUCCAGGUAUGGAAGCCAUCCACAUCUGGCUAUCAAUACCUUUCUGUCUCGUUUACUUGAGUGCCCUCCUAGGAAAUUUCUCUAUUCUCUUUAUUAUCAGAAUGGAUUCCAAACUUCAUGAGCCCAUGUACUUCUUCCUCUGUAUGCUCUCUGUGGUUGAUCUGAUCAUCGCCACUACUGCGACACCUAAAAUCCUCAGUAUUUUUCUGUCUCGUAACAGGAAUAUCCAUUUUGAAGCCUACCUUGUACAAGUAUUUCUCAUCCAUUCACUGUGUAGCAUGGCCUCGGGGUUUAUCUUGGCCAUGGCCUUUGACCACUAUGUGGCGAUUCGCAAGCCUCUGAGACAUUCCACUGUUUUGACACACAGAGUCAUCAAGAGCGUGGGACUAGCCAUUGUUUUACGAGGGGAUUUGCUUUUCAGCCCUCAGCCAUUCAUGCUUCAGUGGCUUCCGUACUGCAGAAGUAAUAUCAUCCCUCACACUUACUGUGAAUUCAUGGCUCUCAUCGAGCUUGCUUGUGCAGAGACGAGGAUCUGCAGAAUAUACAGCCUAAGUGCUGCCUUCUUGACAGGCGGUUUGGAUUUCAUAUUAAUCAUAUGGUCCUAUGUUGUCAUCCUUUACACUGUCUUCCAUCUCCCAUCCAAGGCUGCUCGGCUCAAGACCUCAGGCAUUUGUGCAUCUCACGUGUGCUUGAUCCUCGUGGCCUAUACUCCUGCCUUUUUCUCCUUCCUGACUCACAGAUUUGGACACAGUGUGGCUCCUCAUAUUCACAUCUUCGUGGCUAACAUCUAUCUCCUUGUUCCACCCAUGGUGAACCCAAUGAUCUAUGGCAUAAGAACCAAGAGAAUCAGAGAGCGAUUUCUACAAGUUUUGACUUCUCACAAAUCCUAA